GGGGGAGGAGCUGCUGCACCUGUACUCACAGGUACGAGAGAUCACCUGUGGCUGGGUCUCGGGCUCUGACUGCACAGCGCUGUACAGUCAUGAAUGUGACGCUGGAGUACUCUGCGUCAGUUCCAUCAUGAAACUGCAACUGUGCUUCAAGAGUUAAAGAACAGCAAUCAUUCUAAAACCUGUCACCAGUGAACACACACCAGGCUAGGACCUGUGUAUGCUGGAAAAUAGGAGUUGUUCCACACGACUGGAGAACUUCACAAGCUCUACCACUUCAUAAAACUGGCCGUAAGGAGUAAUUAGACUGUGAACACGAGGUGCCACUAAGUCUAGCAUAGAAAUGUUUGUACCUAAACAUGGAACCGAUAGAUAGGUCCACUUUUUAAUUCCCCUAUUUGUAUAAACCCCAGCUAACAAGCCACCAUAUCCAGGUUUCUGAAACGCGAUAGCAACACUUCCAAGAAUGGGAGAUGAGAUGGUGAUACAAGACAACCUGAAACAAAAUGAAGAUAAUAUGCUGUAUUUGUAUGGCUCAACUGUAGGACAUAUCACUGAAGAAACUGAAUAUAUUCGAAGGAUUCGAAGUACAUUGGAAAAGAUUCAAAAUCAGUUAUAUAAAGAUGAUAUUAAUGGCAAAAACGUGAUUUCCAACAAUGAGCAGCACAAUUCAGUUGAAGAAAGCUCAUUUGGCUCCCGAUAUAAUCAGAUCUUGGAGAAGUUGAAAGACCAAGACUUGUCCUUGGUUGAAGCCUACAAAGAAAAUGAGGAUCUUCAGAUAAAGUUAGAAGCUACACGUGAAGCCGGGUCAGGCGCUAUUCGCGAUGCAACACGUAAACUUUAUGAAAAUUACAGCAAGAAAUCUGAAGACCUCCGGUCAAAUCAUAAAGCAGAACAGCAAGUGUUACGGCAUACCUGCAAUACGUCCGGGUUUGGCCCUGAGACUCCAGGUGUGACAGCACAGCUGCACCAAGGAGAAUGCCAGGACCUCUGUCUGCAGUCCAAGCUGCGUGGGACAAGGACAUACAGUGCGGCUGUUGCUGAACACGAAGAAACCUUUAAGAAAAGUGUAGAGAAAUUACACAAUGUAGCAGAGAAAAUUGAAGAAAAACAUGGUCGAAUUGUAGAAUUGGAAAACCUUAUGAAAAGAAUGGAAGAAGAAAAGUUGGGGUUACUUGAAAAGCAAUGGUUGCUCGAGAAUGAAAUUUCCCGAAGAAUGUUAAAUCCUGGAAAGAAUGGUUGUGUGAAUGUACAAAUAGAGCUCUGUACAACCCAAGAGCAGAUCACUCACUUACAACAUCUGAUGAUGGCACAGCACCAGAGCCUGGGGACUUUAAUCCAGGAGAGGGAAGAGCUGAAAAACAGACUACAAGAGCAAGAUGACACUAUCGAAAAUUUAAGGGAAAAAAUCAACUUGCUUGAAUUUCAGAAUAAAGAAUUGAAAGGCAAAGUGGAAAAGGUCGGCAACAAAACACAAAAAAUCUCCAAAGGCACUAGUGUAAAAGAAUCUAUGUUGGAUACAAUGUCUCCCUACUUCAUGCUUCGGAAUACUCAAAAUAAACUCCUGAAAGGGACAGAAAAGACUUGAUGUGUUCAGCUCACAAAGAAAGAAGUUCAUUUUAAUUUAUUUCCAAUACACGCCUUUCUUUUGAUGUUCGAAGGCCUACUUCAAUUUGGAUGAAUCAUCCACUUGACUAUUCCGUCCGUGCGGAUCAAAGAUUUCAGUAUAACAGAUGAUGCAUUCAUUGUUUAUUAUUUAAUCAUUACACAUAAUGUUAACGUCGGUAUUCAUGUUGCUUCAGGAACAAACAUAAUAUUUGGAAGAUGAACUGUAACUAAAAUCCUUUUGUCGAGUAUAAAAUCUGUCAAAUAAGAUUGUAAAUAGUAUUGGUGCAUUUUGUGUGCUGGUCUUACAUGCCUUUUAUCUUGUAAUUGUUUCAGUAAAUAUUAUUCAUGCUAAUUGUGCAAAUAAAGUUGUUAACAUAUAUGGUUUA